AUGCCGUUAUUUAGAUCUUCAUCCAAGAAGAAAGAGGCGUCUGUUUCGCCUCCUGUGGUGGGCAGGCCUGUCUCACGAUCGAAUUCGCUUAAGUCUAGCAAUUCGACUACAUCUAUGCAAAGUAUACCGCAAAUUGUGACAAAUGGACACAGUAAUGGUGGUAAUGUGAGUGGAAACACCUCACCUACGACUCCUACUGGAUCGAAGCUCAGAUCAUUCCUCAAGUCAAGUCCGAAAGUAUCGGCGUCAACCCCAGACUUAGGUAAGAAGAGUGAGGCAAAUUACGCUGAAUUGGACCUGGUUCUUGAUGUAGACUCCCUUCGUAUAAGUAAUGGUAAUGGCAAUGGUUUUGGUGGAAAAAAGGAGAAGAGAAUCAGUACCAUUGUUGAAACAGAAGGAGACGAGAAUGGAGAAGGUGGUUCGGAUUUUGAUGACGAAAACUAUGACGAUGAAUCUGACGACGGCGACGACGAUGACGAUGACUCUGAAUCCGACUCUGAUUAUGAGGAACACCUUCACAUAAUAAAACCCAAGGGUAAAGCAAUUUCAGGAAGUAUGCAUCUUUUGGCACUGCAGAUCAAAGCAUACUGUGGAAUCACAAACCCAUCAAAAUUGACCGAAGUAGCCAACGAGGAACUGAAAAGGACUUUUUCAUUACUUGAUGACAAGCUUAAAAUUUAUAAAGUAAGCUCAACCACGAACAGAAAUGAUCCUAGAUUGAAGGAACCUGUUAUUAGCGAAAUUCAAGUGGAGCUGCUUCAACAGCUCACACAGAAGAUAGACGACCUAUUCGCCUUGAAAGGAGAUAGAAAGGCUCAGUUGGAGUUGGCCUCCAAGGGGAAAACCUUAUUUGAUAGGUAUGGUUGUGUUAAGAAUGUUAUAGGUAGAGGGGCUUAUGGAUUAAUUAAAAUUAUUGAACCACAAGAAACUGCAGUAAAGGGUAGAUCCGGCUCGAUUACUGCAAACGACAAUACCUUCGUUCUUAACAACAAAUACUUUGCCGUGAAAGAGUUGCACCGUAGAGGUACAGAAAAAGAUCCAGAACCUCAACAAAAUUUCAUUGAAAGGGUGCUUUCGGAAUUUAUGAUAUCAUCGACUUUGAACUACAAGCAUAUUGUUAAAACUGUAGAUUUAAUGGUCUCAUUACCUGCAUUAGGAGAAGCAGCAGUUGGCGAAUGCAAUAGGCUAAAAAUUAAUCAGGUCAUGGAGUGUACAGCCGGUGGAGAUCUUUUCACUUACAUGACUACUAUGAAAGACAAAUUUAACAAGCCAAUACUGUACAUGGGAUUAGAUGAAUUAGAUUGUUUCAUUAAACAGAUAUCCAAGGGAUUAUGGUAUAUGCAUCAACACGGAGUUUCUCAUUGUGAUUUGAAAUUAGAGAAUAUCUUAAUAAGUUAUGCACCAUCACACACUGGAAAGUAUGAAUCAAUUUCACCACAUCAGAGUCAUGCCAAGAUAAUAUUGAAGUUAUCUGAUUUCGGAAAAUCAAAUGUUUUCAGGACGAAGUGGGAUAAGGCCGACCAGAUUACUCCUUUCAGCACCGGUCCAAUAGGAUCAGAACCAUACCUUGCACCUGAAGAAUUUGGUAACUUAAAUUGCAAUGGGGUCGGUGGUUCACUGAAAAUUGGAUUUUCAUCCCCAAACAAGGAUAAUUGGGCUUUGGGUAUCAUAAUAUUGGUUUUAUUUAACAUAAAAAAGAACUACUAUUACUUUAAGUCUGGAGCCCAACAAAGUAAGAAUGGAGAUGUUAGUGCUAGCUCAGCUGACCUCAACAAUCUUGCUCUUUCAUCCGAAUAUUCAAGCGGUUACUUGUGGCAUUCGACUGAGCCAAAGCGUCAUCACCUCCGUAAGGAUAAGAAAUUUAAAGAUAAAAAUUUUGAUGAAUACAUUAUUAAAAGGAUGAAAGCCGAUUAUGAAUGCAAAUCCAAGGAAUGGGUUGUUCAUAGGAAGGGCACUUAUAAACCAAUAGAGACUUUAUUUGAUGCUCCAAGGUUUGCUGAUGACGAUGAAGAUGAUUAUGACAGUCACCAUAAUGUAGAUUUUUCAGGUCUUAUAAACGGAGAUCCAAAGUCAAGGAGCCCCACGAGAGCCAAUGGGAACUCAAACGGUUAUUUGGAAGAAGAGGAAAUGGAUCAAGAUGAAAAAGAUCUUUGUGAACUUCGUAAGAUGUUUAUAUAUAAAUUGUUGGACCCAGAUCCUGAUACCAGAUUAACUGUUGAACAAUUUUUGAAGAGCGAUUGGAUGAGAGGAGUUGAGACUUGCGUUUGA